GAUCCUCACAUCUAUGAAAGCCAAGCCACGCCACCAAGCCGUCACCAUGUCCACUUCGCUGCGGGUCAGCCCAUCCAUCCACGGCUACCACUUCGACACAGCCUCUCGCAAGAAAGCCGUGGGCAACAUCUUUGAAAACAUCGACCAAGAGUCACUACAGAGGCUCUUCAAAAACUCUGGGGACAAGAAAGCAGAGGAGAGAGCCAAGAUCAUUUUGGCCAUAGAUCAAGACCUGGAGGAGAAAACACGGGCCCUGAUGGCCCUGAAGAAAAGAACAAAAGACAAGCUUUUCCAGUUCCUGAAGCUGCGGAAAUAUUCCAUCAAAGUGCACUGAGGCCGGGAGAAUGGACAAGGACGUCACCCGAGAAAGGACAUGGACAGGCCGAGUGAGUGUGGGACCCUGACACGGGCGCUGCGCUGCUCCCUGCCAGCUUCUCCUCAGGACUCCCAGGCUGGAAAGGGACAGAGCAACUAGUGACAAGGACUCCAACCAAUCUCACGCCUGAGCUGGGACAGUGCAGAGCGAAAUGCUUUCUGCAAGGAUCUGAAAACCCUCGGGGCCCGAAAGGACUGAUGCUGGUGUCAGGAGAAGAGCCUGGACAGAUGCAAUGAGCACUGAAACCGAGGAAGGCAGAUGCCCAGGAAGAGCUGCAGCCAGGGGCUCUCUGUCGGGCCCUGGGACUUAAAUCCAACCUGAACUAUUUUUAUUUUUUUCCUUAACCAAAGUGGGAAAGGAGAGAGAGGAGGGAGGGGGAGGGAGAGGGAAACAGGGAGAGAGAAUGUCAUGCUCCAGUUGUUUACUGAAAUUUUUAUUUGAAGUUUCAAGAUGUCUCCAAGCUUCAAUGUUGUCUAUUGGUAUAGAUUUCUAGAGCUUGGUAAUUGAUGAUUUAUUUGCAUUUAUUACGAUGCCUGAAAAGUACACCACAUGGGUGUGAGUACAAAGUCAAGGAGCUGCAGUACCUUCAGCAGCUCAGCAAAGCCAUACCCCAUCUUCUGGUUAGUAAAGGGUUUUUAUGUUUUCAAAUUGGUUGCACAAAAGUUAAAAUGAUGGUUCCUUCAGAAAUCCAAAGUACUGUGAAAAAAUUUAUAAUUUUUUUUAUCUUGUAACUAAUGCUAAAGUAUAAUCUAAUUAAAUUUCUUACAGUUACUGCAGUGAGCAUUAGGAAGUAAAUAUGGUAUAUUAAAUAGUUUAGAAAGAUGCUAUGGUUUCUAUAAUUUAUUAUAUAUGACAAAUGAUAUGCAACCAUAAUAAAUUAUUAUAAACUUGACUACUCUUGGUCUGUGAUGAUUGGAUUCAAAGAAAAAAAUAAGAUGAUAAAUUAUUACUAUAAACUAUUACAAACUUUUCUAAGGAUUUUACUCUAAGAGUAAAAGAUGACUUAAGGUUAGCUUUACAUUAAUUUCCAAACUUCUUCAAACCAAAUUUUUACAUCAAAUAUUCAGGAAGUUUCUUUCUAACUUUAAAAUAUAAGGUACAGACAUUAGAAAUGUAUGGAUUGACUUAUCAACAUUGUUGUUUAUGUCUCCACUGAGGGUGAGUUUUGAAAGGCUUUUCUCUCCAUAUUUUUGAAAUUUUUCCUCUGUGGCUACAGUAACUCUGUAAAUUUGUACAUUUAUUUCUCCCUAAACAAUAUAUUUGGGGGUUAGAGCCUGAAUUAUGAUCAUGACUCUGUGGGGUAUCAAUGUUUAUUUAAUAUAAACCAAUAUGGGAAUAAUAUUA